AUGUGGUCAAGUCAUAUAGGCAGCGGAGUGGUGGGAGGCACAUCCAGGGAAAAUAUGUUUUUCCAUGCAACUCUAGCUCGAUCUUUCAUCAAUGCUCUCUCAUUAAGAGGUGAUGAUGAUUUCGUCGACAGACUCAAUUACUAUUAUACACCGAUCAUGCUGUCAAUAGCUUGUUUGAUCAUCAGUGCUAAGCAGUAUGGAGGUACUCCUAUAGAAUGUUGGGUUAAUCCACACUCACGAGAAAGUAUGGAAGAGUAUAUUGAAAGCUAUUGUUGGAUUCAGAACACCUAUUGGAUUCCCAUGUACGAGAAUGUUCCUGAUGACCACACAGCUCGUGAAGAAAAACAAAUAGGAUAUUAUCAAUGGGUUCCCUUUAUCUUAAUAGCUGAAGCUUUGAUGUUCUCUUUGCCUUGUAUAUUCUGGAGACUGUUAAGUUGGCAGUCAGGUUUGAAUAUUCAACAUUUGAUAAAUGCUGCAUGUGAUACUCAAGCCAUUGUUGACGCUUCUGAUAGAGCUAAGGCAGUAGAGGCUAUCACAACAUGUUUCGUCGAUAACUUAGAUCUCCAAUGUCCAUCAGUUAACAUACACCAGAGAAGUCUAUUAUCAAGAAUAAAGUGCAACAGACUUCUAUCUGGCCAUUAUGUGUCCGUCAUCUAUCUCAUAACAAAGCUCUGCUAUGCGGCUAAUGUUAUCUUACAAUUUGUCAUUCUCAACGCCUGUCUCAAAUCUGACGAUUAUCUUCUGUUUGGCUUUCAAGUGUUGAACGAUUUGGUACAAGGAAAGCCUUGGACUGAGUCUGGCCAUUUCCCACGGGUAACUCUUUGUGACUUUGAAGUCCGUUAUGUCGCCAACCUUAACAGAUAUACUGUCCAAUGUGCUUUAUUGAUAAACAUUAUCAAUGAAAAGGUUUUUGCUUUCUUAUGGUGUUGGUAUUUGAUAUUACUGUGUAUAACAAGUUUCUCUACCACUGCCUGGCUUCUCAAUACUGGCGUUGUGAACGAGAAAGUUGAUUAUGUUCUAAAAUAUAUGCAAAUAGCUCAUUCAAGUGAGCAGAAGAAGCUCCAGAAAUUUUCAAAAGAAACAUCUGUGGAGCGUGUCUAUUCAGUCAUUCCCUUCGCUCCUCAUUUGCUUGACCGAUUUGUUCUUAAUUUCUUAAAAUCCGAUGGGGUUUUCAUUUUGAGGAUGAUGUCCAAUCAUGCUGGUGAUAUGAUUGUAGUUCAAGUUGUCAAAAAUCUUUGGCAAGAGUUUCGAGAACGAAACUGGCGGGAGUUUGAAGAAUUUGAAGAAAUUAAAGAACAACACUUCCGUUUUCCAAAAUCAAGCCUAAUCAGUGGACCAACCCAUCCAAGAGUUGUCACCAUAAGCAACCCAGUGGCAACGAUGAUGAGCGACUCGUUAACAAGCGAGAAAGCUGCCUAUUUAUGA